AUGGCGGAGGAAUCUAAAUCCACCACUCUCGCUUCACCGGAAAACCAACCACCGUCGGCUCCGAUAGAACCAAACUCUACUCAAGAAGUCUUGCCGACAGAGACGAAGACUGAUCCUCCGGCGGAUACAACCUCCAAGCCGGAAGAAGAAACCACGGCGGUUCAGACUGAGGUAACCCCGGAAGAGCAUCAGCCACCGACAGUGACGGAGACGGAAACGGCGUCGACGGAGAAGAAAGAGGUCGGACACGAAACGUCGCAGAAAGAAGAAGCAGCCGAAGAACAAAAGCGAAUUCCACAGAAUCUUGGUUCGUUCAAAGAAGAAAGCAGCAAACUUUCCGAUCUAUCAAAUUCAGAGAAGAAAUCUUUAGAUGAGUUUAAGCAUCUUGUUCGAGACGCUCUCGACAAUCACCAAUUCGGUUCAAUCCCUAAACCGGAAAACACAACAAACACACCGGAACAAAUCACGAUCUGGGGAGUACCUCUGCUCGAGGACGAUAGAAGCGACGUCGUUUUGCUGAAGUUCCUAAGAGCUAGGGAUUUCAAGGUGAAAGAUUCGUUGGUUAUGCUUAAGAACACAAUCAAGUGGAGAAACGAGUUCAAGAUUGAUGAAUUGGUCGAGGAAGAGCUUGUUGAUGAUCUGGACAAGGUCGUGUUCAUGCACGGACACGACCGUGAAGGUCAUCCAGUGUGUUAUAAUGUCUAUGGUGAGUUUCAGAACAAGGAGCUUUAUAACAAGACUUUCUCUGAUGAGGAAAAGAGGAAACAUUUCUUGAGGACUAGGAUUCAGUUCUUGGAGAGGAGUAUAAGGAAGCUCGAUUUUAGCUCCGGUGGUGUUUCUACAAUCUUUCAGGUUAAUGAUAUGAAGAAUUCUCCUGGAUUAGGUAAGAAAGAGCUUAGAUCGGCCACUAAGCAAGCUGUGGAGUUGCUUCAAGACAAUUACCCUGAGUUUGUCUUUAAACAGGCUUUUAUCAAUGUUCCUUGGUGGUACCUUGUGUUUUACACUGUGAUUGGUCCGUUUAUGACACCGCGAUCAAAGAGCAAGCUUGUGUUUGCUGGUCCUUCAAGAUCAGCUGAAACCCUUUUCAAAUACAUAUCGCCCGAGCAAGUUCCUGUACAAUACGGAGGAUUGAGUGUAGAUCCUUGCGACUGUAAUCCAGAUUUCUCCUUGGAUGAUGCAGCUUCGGAGAUCACUGUUAAGCCCGGAACAAAGCAAACUGUUGAGAUCAUAAUCUAUGAGAAAUGUGAGAUUGUGUGGGAGAUAAGGGUGAUUGGAUGGGAAGUGAGCUACAAGGCAGAGUUUGCGCCGGAGGAGAAAGAUGCAUAUACAGUGGUUAUACAGAAACCAAGGAAGAUGAAACCAUCCGAUGAACCGGUGUUAACCCAAAGCUUCAAAGUGAAUGAGCUUGGUAAGGUUUUACUUACCGUAGACAAUCCAACCUCUAAGAAGAAGAAGCUCGUUUACAGGUUCAAUGUCAAACCUCUCUGA